UAAAAUGAUGCAAUUUGUAUCGUCUAGACUUCACCGAAUGCGAAAAUUGGAUUUAGCAAGGCGAUGUCGCAUGGUUGGUGCUAUGUGGACAAAUCUGGAGGGAAGCCGUUAGUUAAAAGGAAAGUUGAUACGAUCACUGAUGUAGUUCAGGAGCAUCUAAUGUCCAUAAACAAAGGACUUGGUCAAGACAUUCCCGACAACGUUCGCAACGAGUACAAAAAACGGAAAUUGUUGCAAGAAGUUGUGACCAAAAGUUUCAUCAUUUCAAAGGGUCCCGAAUUCAGUACAACGCUCAAGAAAUUGGAAACUGAUUUGACCGUUGAAAUGUUGGCGAACGGACAGUGGGCAGACUUAAAGUUCAAAGCUUACAAUUUUGAUGCGUUGGGUGUGCCACCGGAAUGUGGUCAAUUACAUCCGUUGCUAAAAGUUCGGACCGAAUUCCGUCAGAUUUUCUUGGAAAUGGGAUUCUCGGAAAUGCCCACGAACAAUUAUGUGGAAUCGUCUUUCUGGAAUUUCGACGCCCUGUUCCAGCCGCAACAACAUCCAGCUAGAGAUGCUCAUGACACAUUCUUCGUUGAUUAUCCCAGCAAAAGCUACAAGUUCCCCGAAGAGUAUUUGGAACGCGUGAAAACAGUUCAUUCGAAAGGCGGCUUCGGAUCGCAAGGCUAUGGAUAUGAUUGGAAGAUAGAAGAGGCUCAGAAGAAUUUGUUGCGGACACAUACCACAGCCGUUAGUGCGAGAAUGUUGUAUAAACUUGCCAAUCAGCCGGGCGGUUUCAAGCCUGCAAAAUACUUUAGUAUCGACAAAGUCUUUCGCAAUGAGACGUUAGAUGCUACACACUUGGCUGAAUUCCAUCAGGUAGAAGGUGUCAUCGCUGAUGUCAAUCUAUCGCUGGGCGAAUUGAUCGGAACAUUCUCUGAAUUCUUCAAGAAACUGGGCAUCACCCAACUGGAAUUUAAGCCAGCGUACAAUCCAUACACUGAACCCAGUAUGGAGAUAUUCUGUUUCCAUCCGGGACUGAAACGAUGGAUAGAGGUCAGUACAGAA